AUGAAUGUCAAAGAAAGGGCAUCAGAGAAAUGUCGAUGGUUUCGUUUCAAGAUUCCUUGUUGCCAACUCGGCCGACUGAGCUGUUCAUUCAGUGUUCGUCUCAACCCAGUUGUUUCUCUAUUUUCCGCCCUCAUUAUUUGGGCUUUUGUGGUAUGGUGCGUAUUGGAGGCGAAAGCGGCCAACGAAGACAUGACCGAAUGGCGAAGAUGGAUAACUUUGAAAUGCACCUGGCUUUACAUCGGAACUCAAGACGCGUGGGCUUUGUUCAUAGUUGUGCUCUAUUUCUCUAAGUAUUCCAAAAUGAAGCUAGGAAAAUCGCACGAGAAACCGGAAUUCAACGAUGCUACGUACUUCACGAUGUUAUUUGCUGCUGGUAUCGGAAUUGGUCUCUUUUACUUUGGAGUAGCGGAGCCCAUUUGGCAUUAUGCACCUGGACAUUAUGGAAAUCGAUAUUAUGCAAGGUAUUCCGACAACCAACAGGCCCAGGAUGCCAUGAACCUCACUUUCUUUCACUGGGGAAUUCACGGAUGGAUUGUCUACGUAGUGGUUGGACUUCUCCUAGCCUUCCUCAGCUACCGAAAGGGUCUUCCGAUGACAAUGCGAUCCUGUUUCUAUCCUCUACUUGGAAACGGAAUAUUCGGAUGGGUUGGCGACUUCAUCGACAUCCUAUCAGUGGUGUGCACCAUGUUUGGGGUCUGCACCAGUCUUGGUCUUGGUGCCAUACAGCUCAACGCUGGUUUCAGACGACUCAACAAGAACAUCACCUUCAGUACUACUAAUCAAAUCAUCACCAUCUGGGGAGUAACGGCCUGUGCAACUUUAUCUGUCAUCAGUGGUUUGAAACUUGGCAUCAGGCGGCUAAGCGAACUAUGUUUUGUAAUCGGUAUGAUGCUGAUGUUGAUUAUUUUGUUCUACGAUGAUACAUGGUAUCUACUCAACCUCUAUGUUCAGAGCAUUGGAUAUUAUCUCCAGUAUGUUGUACAGGUUGGAUUCCACACAGAUGCUUUUGCACAACUCGGUAAUGCCCCAGAUAAACUCGAAGCCGCUGAGUGGAUGAAUGACUGGACCAUCUUCUACUGGGGUUGGUGGAUUGCUUGGUCCCCUUUCGUUGGAAUGUUCAUCGCGAAGAUUUCACGAGGCCGAACGAUCAGAGAAUUUAUCAAUGCUACCCUCACUGCACCUAUCUUCUACACCUUUCUGUGGCUCACCAUUUUCGGUGGAGCAGGGAUAAGAAUGGAACGAAACGCAGCCUUGGCGAACGUCACCUGCUCGUCGCCAUUCGGAGGGAAAACUGCCACAAAGUCAUUUCAAGGCUUUUACCGACUCUCCUGUCGCCCAAAGAAUGACAUGUGGUUCGACCUGAUGGACCAGUAUGGUGACCUUGGAGACUUCUUGUCCAUCGUGUCCUUAAUUGGUAUAAUUCUUUACUUUGUCACCAGCUCGGACAGUGGUUCACUGGUCAUAGAUUGCCUCUCUGCCAACGGUGAUCCCGACCCCCCCAUACCCCAACGUAUCUUUUGGGCCCUGACGGAGGGUGCUACCGCAACUGCUCUGCUGUAUGCUGGAGGGACAGAUGCUCUGAACGCCUUACAAGCAGUGUCCAUUGUAGUUGGCCUUCCUUACACCAUCCUAUUGUGUUUCAUGUGUGUGGCAUUGUGGCGAGCUGUUCAAAUGGAAGAUGGCGACUUGGAUGCAAACGGUCCACAGUUCAACGUGACUUUGUUCCAUCCGAUCUCUCGACCUUCCAGUAGAGGUUUCUUCAAACUUUUUCUCGCCAUUGUUGCUCCCUGGUACGUGAUAGCCAUUGCAGAAGACAGGAAGAAAGGCAUUAGCCCCUUAGCCUUGGCCUGUCGCAUGGUCCUCAUGGGUGUGCCAUUUUAUUCCUGGAUUGCCAUGAUGGUAGCAGAGUUGAUUCCAGUAGAAGGAAUCUCUUAUGUCGGAUGGGCAGUUCUCUUUUUGUUCUUUGGUGUAGCAACAGCCAUCAGAACGGGAAUGAGAUUAGAGGAUGGAAUACAUGGCAGCAUGGCAGAGGAUUUCUUCGUCGUGAUGUUUCUGUACCCGUUUGCAGCUUUUCAAAUGGAUCGACACACAUCGCAUCAUCAAAUGAAAAAGAAUGCAGAAGACUACUUAAUGAAAAAUAGUGAUAAAGUUUACAAUAGCUAUGCGAGAGCACUUUGUAGACUUUGUAAUUGUGUAUCGGAAACGAAUUAA